AUGUCGUCCAGCUCUUCAGGCGCGCGGACAAGAACGCGGAUUUCAGGCGCGUUCUACACACUGGUCCCCAUACGACCGCGUCGGCGUGGUGAACGCCGAUCCUUAAGGACUUUGCCCGGCGCGUCUCUCCGCUCACCCCUCGCUUUCAAUCCCGACACACCUCGGCCCCUUUCAACUCCAACUGACGCCUAUGAACUCCACCCCGACAUCGCUUUGUAUGGAACGACCCUCAGCGUCGACGCGCGAGAGUUCGCGCAAUUUUUCGACAUCGAGCGCUCGAACGUCUUCCUUCCGCGGCUCGUGGCGCUCUUCGACGUCAGCGGCGACGGCCACAUGUCGCUGUACGAGUUCGUCGUCUGCCUCGCGCAGUUCAGCGUGAACAAGAAGCAGAGCGAGCACGUGUACUUCGCGUGGCGGCUGUUCGACACGGACGACUCGGGAGCGAUGACGAAGGACGAGUUCGUCGAGGCGCUCUCGGGUGCGUUCAUUCUCAUCACACUGGUCCCCAUACGACCGCGUUGGCGUUGUGAACUUCAUUCCUUAAGGACUUUCUCUCCCGGCGUUCCGUCGUACGCGCGCGCGGGCACCGCGAAGGUCAUCACGAGCGACCGCCGCGGGCGCGGGCUCGCGAAUUUCGGGAACGUCGGCGGCGUCGCGAAAGGCAUCGACACGAUCAUGCGAGAAAUGGACGAGGACGGAGACGAGGUCAUCACCGUGAAGGAGUUCGCGAGGAUGAUGCGCAAGGCGCGUUCUCCUCGCACUGGGUCCCUCGGUUUCAAUACCCGCCCUCGAUGCCUUUCAACUCCAUCUGACGCCUUUCAACUCCACCCCGACAACGGCCCUCAGUACUCGCACUACCUCGCCCCCGCGUUCGAGCUGUGGAGCAAGCUCCAGGAGUUCUCCGGGCCGUGCGCGAGGAUGUACCGGGAGGUGCGCGCGGCGGGUAACGCGAAAGAGCUCUUGAGGCUCGCGGGAAGGGACGGCCUGCACGGCACGGGGAAGGAGAGCGUGACGCCGGGCGACUUGAGAGUCGACGACGACUCUCGCAUGCACGCGUUUCGAAUGAGGUGCGUUCUAUCUCACACUGGUCCUCAUACGACCGCGUCGGCGUGGUGA